GAAUAACUUUCGCCGGCGCUGUUGCAGUGACCGGCUGAUGUCCGUGAGCACGCUUGGUCAUUAAAACGUGGGGCAACGUGGGACAAAAAGUAAAAAAAAAAAAUACAUACAAUCAUCUCCAGAGCGUCUUAAAGUGUCCCUUGCUUAUUUAUUUAUCAACAAUUAUUAAAUAAACAAUUUUAAAUUAACAAAAAUAGUGACAUUUAUCAGCCAAAAAAUAAAAUCUCAAAGUAACAAAUUACAAAACAAGUUUAUCAAUAAUAAAAUAAUAAUAAUAGUUUAAAAUUAAAAAACAUUAAUUAAUUUAAAUAUAAACAAUAAUUAUAAAUUUAUUUUUUACAAAAAAAAAUAAAAUAAAAAUAUAAAAAUUAAUUUAUUCAUUAUUUUAUGUCAACGAUACGCGUGUUUAUAAAUAUUUGUUGUUUUUUUUUUUAUUGUUAUUUUUAAUCAAGGCCAAUAUGCAAAUUCUACCUCUAUGUACAAAUAAUAAAAUUAUAUUUUAAAUUAAUAAAAUAGUAAAGUAUAUAAUAUUAAUAAUAAAAAACAAUUAGUGAUGAUGAUAAAAAUAUAAAAAUUAAAAAAUAUAGUUAAAAUAACAAAUUGUAGUAUUAAUUACGUGUGAAAAGUGUGAAAAGUUUUAUUGUGACAAUUGAGAAAACACGAUUAAUAAAACUCGUGUAUUUCUUUAAAUUGUCAAACUGAAAUGAGUGACCAUGGCUGUAUACACUUAAAUAAUUUUAAAGCUGCCAAAGGAAUACAACCUUAUAAAGUAAUACAUUCAUUUUUUGUAACAAGUACAUCUGCUGAAGCAAGAAUAAGAAAGGCUGUUAGCUGUUUAUGCCACACAUGUGGUACUUACAAAGAUCGUUUACAUUCUUGUUUACAUUGUAUAUUUUUUGGCUGUUAUGGUAAUGGACAUAUACAAGAACAUGCUAAAACAAAGAAACAUUUUUUAGCUGUUGAUUUGAGUUAUGGAAAUAUACUGUGUUUUCAAUGUGGUGAUUAUGUUUAUGACAGAGAAUUAUUAACAGUUGCAAAAGCACAAUGGAGUGAAUCAGCAAAAUCACUUAGUCUUGGUGAAUUUUAUCGAGCAUGGGAACCAACACCAGUUGAAGCUGAACUAUUAAGAAAACAUCCAAGAAGAAGACGAGUAGUAGAAAAUUCAACAAUUGGCUUACGAGGUCUUAUUAAUUUAGGAAGUACAUGUUUUAUGAAUUGUAUUGUACAAGCAUUAACUCAUACACCAUUAUUGAGAGAUUAUUUUUUGGCUGAUCGUCAUCAAUGUCCACAACCAAGUCGUUGUUUAGUUUGUGAAGUAUCAAAUUUAUUUCAAGAAUUUUAUUCUGGUAGUAAAGCACCAUUAACAUUACAUAAAUUAUUACAUUUAAUAUGGACACAUGCACGUCAUUUAGCUGGUUAUGAACAACAAGAUGCACAUGAAUUUUUUAUAGCAACUCUUGAUGUAUUACAUAGACAUUGUGAAGCAGCACCAAUUUUAGUUAAAGAUAAUCCACAUCAUUGUAAUUGUAUUAUUGAUCAAAUAUUUACUGGUGGUUUACAAAGUGAUGUUGUUUGUCAAUCAUGUAAUGGUGUAUCAACAACAAUUGAUCCAUUUUGGGAUAUAUCAUUAGAUCUUGGUCCAACAGCUGGUGCAAAUGUUAAUGAUACAAAUGAACCACCAACAUCAUUACUUGAUUGUUUAGAACGUUUUACAAGAGCUGAACAUCUUGGAUCAAGUGCUAAAAUUAAAUGUAGUAAAUGUCAAACUUAUCAAGAAAGUACAAAACAAUUAACAAUGAAACAAUUACCAAUUGUUGCUAGUUUUCAUUUAAAACGUUUUGAACAUUCAAGUAUACAGGAUAAAAAAAUAUCAACAUUUAUAUCAUUUCCUGAACAACUUGAUAUGACACCAUUUAUGUCACAUAAACGUAAUGGUAGUACCAAUAAUAAUAAUACUAAAAAUAUUAAUGAUAAACAAACUAAUGGUGAUGAUACAUCAUUUAGUGAUAAUAGAUAUUCAUUAUUUGCGGUUAUUAAUCAUGAGGGUUCACUUGAAACUGGACAUUAUACUGCAUUUAUUAGACAACAAAGAGAUCAAUGGUUUAAAUGUGAUGAUCAUUUAAUAACAAGAGCAAGACUCAAAGAUGUCUUGACCAGUGAAGGAUAUCUUUUGUUUUAUCACAAACAAAUUUUAGAGUAUGGCCGAACUAGUAAAGUUUAAAAUAUUUAUUUU